AUGAAGACGAAGCAUUGUAUCGCGAAAUAUGUUCUUGGAACCACCCUCAUCUGCUUCGCAUGCGAGAUCAUUACCGCUGUCAUGGUCAUCAUCAUGAUUUCCGUCGACGUCGUCCAAGACCAAGGAAACCGCGAUUGGGCUCGCGGUCUCACUCUCUGCUUAUAUUCCGCGGCAUUGACUCUUCUUGCUGCAAUUUCUCAAGCAAUUGCACUUCGAUUUUUCGACGCCAACGAUGUCCUUGAAUUCUCUCCUCCGCCGGAGAAGAAGAUCAUUCCAGUUUUUCAGCAUCCUUUGGGAGUUCCUUUGAGGGAAAGCCCAAAGCUUCAAAAAAGCAAUAUUCGGAUGACAACCCUUCCAUAUGCCUCUCCAUAUGAGCCAAGAACAUCAACUGUACCCCGCGUCACGUCACCAGUAUCGGUUUCAAGCUUCAGCUCAAGUGUUUCCUCAAGAUCUACCCUCCCAAAGGCAUUACGUAAUGUUACUGACAGACGAAGACCUUCAACUCAUCAAAAUGCUAUGAAAGAUUUCACUGGCUUCAUAAAUAAAAGCUACAAUGGAUAA